UACCAGAUAAAAACUGGUGAUAGGGUAAAAGCAGCACAUUGACCACUGGUCCACACUCAAAGCACACACACACCCUCUCUGAAACUACAGAGAACAUGGGUUCUCUUCUGUAUUUGUUGCUCUGCUCAGGUUAUAUUGCACAGCUGGUCUCUGCAGAAACAUUCCUGGUGACGGCUCCCAGCAUUUUUCAUGUUGGCGUGAAGGAAAGAGUGUCAGUCCAGGUUGGGGAGGGACUGCUGAACAGACCCGUGACCUGUUACUUAGAGCAGGAGGUGGGACAUGUUCUUAUGUCAAAGCGGGAGACUAAAGAGAUCCCUAAGGAUGAAAAAAUUGGAACACUAGACCUUCAGAUUUUGCCAGACAAAAUUGCAAGCUUACCAUGGGCCAAUGCAGAGCCACCUUAUCUCAAUCUGGUGUGUGAUGUUGGUCAAUAUAAGAGAAAGACAACUCGAGUGUUGGUGUCCCAGCACAGAGGCUACAUCUUCAUUCAGACAGACCAGCCCAUGUACAACCCCACACAGAAAGUUCAGUACAGGAUUUUUACUCUGGAUCAUGCCAUGCAGCCGAUAUCCGAGAAGAUACAUGUGUACAUAAUUAAUGCAGAAGGGAACACAGUCAAGAAAAUGUUGGUCGGUUCCAAAUCAGGCAUUCACGUCAAGAGCUAUCCUAUUCCUGAUGUUUCACAGCCCGGUGUGUGGAAGAUCAAAGCCCACUACAGAGGUGAUGAGAAGAGUGCUACUAUUCAGGAAUUCAAGGUUCAAAAGUUUGUCCUUCCUAGUUUUGGUGUAACCAUCAAGCCUGAAACUGACCAUCUCCUCGUGAGCGCUGAGAACUUUCAAUUCUCCAUCGAUGUUUCAUAUUCAUAUGGAAAGAAAAUCAACGGUGGAUUUCACUGUCGCUUUGGGGUGAGAGGGGAGAUUACAAAUGGGCCAAAUGACAUCACGUUCAUCAAGGGGCUAGAAAAAACUGGACCAGUACGAAAUGGUGAAGCUGAAAUCACUCUUAGGAUCACAGACAUCCGGGAGAAACUGGCAACCUUAAGGCUGGAAGACUUAGCCCAGGAUGGAGUGCGGUUCUACAUAGCUGUUACUGUCACAGAUAGCUUAAGUGGUGAGGUACAAGAGUCUGAAAUAUUACUUCCCAUCGUGUCACAGAGAUAUAAAGUGGACUUGGACAGAACCAGAUCACACUAUAUUCCUAAAAUGCCUUUUGAUGUUAAGGUAGUGGUGCGUACUCCAAAUGGCCUGCCAGCUAAAGACGUUCAGGUGAAAAUUAGAGUCUCACACACCGAAGAGGAAUCCAGAAUUGAAACAACAGACAAUGAGGGAGUAGCGUUUUCUGUUUUCAAUCUUAAACAGCAAUCACCGUACAUUUCUGUUGAGGCAACCGUCGAUGGAUUUAAGUCAACAAAAGAUGUGGCCAUUGCUACUUCCUCAAGCAAUAACUUCUUGUAUAUCAGUGUGAACAAUAGGGUUUUGUCACCUGGAGAACACCUGAGUGUUAAGUUUGAUGUUGUCAAUGACCAACCAAAAGAUGGAUACAUUUACUACUUGGUCCUCAGCAAAGGUGCUCUCAGAAUGGCAAGUUCUGUUGAUAUAGGAAUUACAGCCACUAUCAACCUCUUCCUCAGCCCUGACAUGAUUCCAUCCUUCCGCCUCAUUGGAUAUUAUUAUGACAAAAAUGGUGAAAUUAUAGCAGACUCAAUCUGGGUAGAUGUCAAGGAUGUGUGUAAGGGAAAGGUUGUGGUAACAGAAAAGGAACCCAAUAUUAAAAAUUAUUACGAUCCAGCACAAAUCGUUGAUAUUAACAUUGAUGUGGGAGACCAACACAAGGCAGAAGUGGCUUUACUGGCUGUGGACAAAGCUAUCUAUGCCCUGAAUGCCCAAAACAAACUCACCCCAAAACAGGUGUUCUCCUCUAUGCAGACUUAUGAUCUGGGAUGUUCGUAUGGUGGUGGUGGGAACACUGCUGCAGUAUUUAAUGAUGCUGGAUUGACUUUCAUCUCUCACUCUGAAACUAUCAAGUCACAGAUGAGGAUAGGAUUUGCCUGUGAAUCGGGUUUCAGGCGGCAGAGACGUUCCAUAGAUCUCCAGAAAGAAUUGGCACAAAAAGAAACUGAGUACCCAGAUGCAGUAUUGAAGAAGUGUUGCCGUCACGGCCUAACACAGCUCCCAAUGAAGCUGAGCUGUGAGGAACGAAAGAAAAGAAUAAAAGAAAGUAAUGAAUGUGAGGAGGUUUUCCUGAAAUGCUGCAACUUUGCUACCCAGCUGAGGGAAAAGAAGAGGAAGGAGGAACUAAGAAGUGGCCAUGGCAGAACUGCUAGUGCCAGUGAUAUUGAAAACUUUUUUGACAACGAGGUCCAAUACAUUCGCCGCAGUUUUCCUCCCAGCUUUGCAUUUGAAGUUUUUAAUGUGAAUGGCCAAAUUACAAAACAGAUCAUUCUCCCUGAUUCCAUCACUACUUGGGAGAUACAGGCUGUCAGUUUAUCUCCCUCUCAUGGUUUUUGUGUAGCCGAGCCUCUUGAUGUACGUGCCUUUCAGGAACUGUUUAUCUCUUUGCGACUUCCCUACUCUGUCACGAAGAAUGAACAAAUGGCCAUUGUUGUGGUUAUCUACAAUUAUGGCAAGAGUGAAAGACAGCUUGCCGUUCAUAUGAAACAAGUAGAUGGCCUGUGUUCACCUGGGGCUUCAUCUACUGAUUCCUAUAUCAACAUCAGUUUGGACCGUGGUAGCUCUGAGACAGUGACCUUUUCUGCUGUUCCUCUGAAAGAGGGUGAAAUCCCUAUCACGAUCCAACUUUAUGACACGGAAUAUGAAAUGGGCGUGGAUGCCAUUCAGAAGACACUCUUGGUGACGAAUGAGGGAGUCCGUAUGGAAGACUCGGAAAGUAAAUUAAUUAACCUGGAUGGUAGAAGUGAAAAAUACUUUAAUAUUGAUGGAUUGUUUCCAAACGGUACAAUUCCUUCCUCAGAUGGCAAUAUCUUUGUCAAAGUUGAAGAUGAUGUAUUUGGUAUAGCAGCAGCCACGCCCCUACUUACACCAGACAAUGUGAAGAAGCUGAUCAAGGCCCCUCACGGUUGUGCAGAACAAACUAUGAUCAGGAUGUCCCCCACAGCUCUGGCCAUCCGUUACCUGGACUCAAACAACCGAUGGCUGGAAUUGGAACCUGAAAUGAGAGACAAAGCAAUGAACUUCAUAGAGCAGGCCUAUGACAGGAUUUUGACAUUCAAAAAGCCUGAUGGAUCAUAUGGAGCAUGGAUUACACAUCCCACCAGUAACUGGCUAACUGCCCUGGUAGUGAAGGUGUUAUCCCUUGUGUCCGAGUGUCAGUUAACAACUACUGAAAACACAGAGAUCGUCUCACAACUCGAAAUUCGGAACUCAGUCAAUUACCUUAUUAAACAGCAGGGUGAAGAUGGGUCGUUCAGAGAUCCUAAUCCAGUCAUUCAUAGAGAAAUGCAGGGUGGAAUUGGGGGUGUUGAACAAGACGCAUCUCUCACUGCUUUCAUAGCCAUUGCUCUUAACCGCUCCCUUCCUUUCUUGGACCAGGAAAUUGAUUCUGUGAAAAGUAGCAUCUCUAAAGCCACCAGAUUCCUCCUCUCUCGCGUGGAUAACCUACAGAGACCCUUUUCUCUGGCUAUUACAACCUACUGCUUGUCCUCUUGUCAUGAAGACAAGGAAGUGGCUUUGUCAGCUUGGAAGAGACUUAAACGUAUAGCAGUAAAAGAGGGUGACUGUAAGGUGUGGCGGGAUGAUGAAGACAUGCGAUUGCUAGAUGAGAAGAAACAAUACCUGGUUCCUUCAGCAGUGGCUCUUACAGUUGAGACCACCGCAUAUGCUCUUCUUACUGCUGUAGAACUUAGAGAUUUUGAAGAGGCGAAAAUGGCUGUCUGCUUCCUGUCCUCCCAAGAGAACUAUGAAGGAGGAUUCAAAUCCACACAGGAUACAAUUAUAGCUUUGGAAGCGCUCUCAGAGUAUGCAAUGCAAUUACCCCCAUCGCCCUUAAAUACUAUCACUGUGCAGUUCACCAGUACAAAGAGGGCUGAAAAAGAGAGUCUGGUGUUGGAAAAGAAAGGCGAGAAAGUGGAGACAGAUUUAAAGAGACUGCUGGGAAGUGACAUAACUGCAAAGUUUUCAGGGACAGGGCAAGCAAAAGUAAAGGUGGUGAAGGCUUACUAUGUCCCAGACACUUCCUCUGACUGUAGUCAACUGACAAUUAAUGUGACAGUGUUUGGCAAAGUAGAGUACACAGCUCAGGUAACAGAAAACUAUGACUAUGACUACAGUUAUGAUGAUCCAAACGAAAGAAGGGAGGAGGAAGACUUCCCUCGCUCAGCCAUCGAGUGGUUUGAUGCUCGCACCAGACGCAGAAGGGACACCCGGCAGAGCCAGAACUCUGAUAACCAAGUCGUGUACGAAGUGUGCAUCAGUCACUCCUUGGACCGGAAGCUCACAGGCAUGGCUAUUGCUGAUAUCACAUUACUCAGUGGCUUUGAGCCUAAAACCGAGGAUCUGGAUUUGUUAAAGGAUGCAGAAGUCCCAUACAUCUCUCACUAUGAGUUUGCAAAUGGAAGGGUCCUGUUAUAUUUUAAUAAGAUAUAUAGUGGCAAGGAAUGUAUUGCAUUUGAAGCUGUACAAAGGGUGCCAAUAGGUUUGCUGCAGCCUGCUCCUGCUACAUUCUAUGACUAUUAUGAACCAGAAAGAAGAUGCACUGUGUUCUAUGCUGCACCAAACAGGAGCAAGAUGGUGUCUGCUCUGUGCUCUAAUGAAGUGUGCCAGUGUGCUGAAAGGGCCUGUUUCAAAGAAAAGCAGCCAUCAGACUUAUCAAGUAUGCGAAAGGAGGCCCGCUUCCUGCAUGCUUGCUACCAGCCUGUAGCGGAUUACGGCUUCGUGGUCACUGUGAGCUAUGUGGAGGAUAAGAAAUCCUUUGACUUUUACUACACCCGUGUGAUUGAGGUCCUCAAAUUCAAUGGAGAUGUCCAUGUGGCUGUAGAUAAGAUUCGUGUUUUUGCCAAGAGGAAACAUUGCAAGAGUCAGCUGAAAGUGGGGCAGACUUACCUUAUCAUGGGCAAAGAUGGCUCUACUACUGACCUCAAAGGACAAAUGGUGUACCUUUUGGAUUCAAAUACGUGGGUGGAGCAAAAGCUUCCCAAGGAGAAAUGCUUAGCAUCAAACAUGAAGUCACACUGCAAGGGAUUUAAAGAUUUCCUAAGAAUAUACCAAGUUGAAGGCUGCUCCCAGUAAUCCAGUCAAUCAGUGACAAAAUUAUGCUACAAUAAGUAGACCUGAAUCAAAUCACAGUAGUACCAACUGAUUGCACAUUGGGGACCAACUUGUUUCUGUCACUGAGAAUCUGUUCCAACAUCCAAAAGUCUAGAAGUGACCAUACUCUCACUGGAAAGACUUGUGGGGUCAUAUGUUCGGAAACCUCAAACCUUAUUUUCUUGGCAACAGAAAUGAUCACCAAUUAUUCCUAAUCAUUCUUAGUAUAUGCACCCUUUAGGCAAAUUUAUAUACUACUUAUUUGCUUUUAAUGAUUUUAUGUAAUGUACUGUCAGUUACAAAUAGUAUAUGUCAUCUUGUUAUUUUUGCAUCUUUGCUGCUGACAAUCUUGCUGGCUUUUGCAACAAGUCAUAUAUUGAUUGAGAAAAAAACUCUCUGAAGAUUUCUCCACUCUGUUUAUUUAGAGACUUAUUAUAUGUACAGAGCAUUUGCUCUUACAGCAUCGAAUAUGGUCCUCCAAAUAAAAUAAUUAACCUAAAA